UUGGCUUAAAAAUAAAACACUUUAGUAGAGGUUACAAACAUUUGAGUUGCCCCUAUAAAAUAGUAAUAUUAGUUGCACGAGGCAGGCACACGCCCCUUCGUCUCCCCUCAAUCAACACCGUCCACGUGUCCCUCCAUCGACGGCCAACGCCGCAUCUCGCCCUCCAAUUUCUGCAUAUAUACAGGGUGGCGUAUCAAUCACCUUCCUCAUUUUGCUCUCUUCCCUAAAACAUUCAAAACAAAAAAGAAAAAAAAAAAAAUGUCACUCAGAUCCUGCUCAGCAGCUGCUCCCCUUGUCCAUUCUCUCUCUCCUCGCGUCAACCUCCGCAGCGGCUGCGGCGCUCUGCCUCUGCGGCGCCGGAACGUGGACGGUCUCGUAAUUAAGGCGGCGGCGGCGGCUAACGAAGCCAAUAACGGAGCCAUUCUCACCACCGUUUUCGAGCCGUUUGAGGAAGUGAAGAAGGAGCUCCUCCUCGUACCGUCUCACCCCCAAGCCUCCAUCGCUCGCCACCGCUACUCUGAUCCAUGUGAAGCCGCCAUCAACGAUCAGAUCAAUGUGGAAUAUAAUGUCUCUUACGUGUAUCACGCAAUGUAUGCCUUUUUCGACAGAGACAACGUUGCUCUCAAGGGGCUCGCCAAGUUCUUCAAGGAAGAUAGUGUAGAAGAAAGGGAGCAUGCAGAGAAAUUUAUGGAAUACCAGAAUAAGAGAGGUGGAAAAGUGAAGUUGCACGCGAUGAACAUGCCGAUAUCGGACUAUGAUCACCUUGAGAAGGGAGAUGCGUUGUACGCUAUGGAGCUUGCUUUAUCGCUGGAAAAGUUGACGAACGAAAAACUUCUGAAUUUGCAGAGGGUGGCUGAUGAGAACAACGAUGCUCAGCUAGCUGAUUUUGUGGAGAGCGAAUUUUUGGUAGAGCAGGUCGAGUCGAUCAAGAAAAUAUCUGAAUACGUUGCUCAGUUGAGAAGGGUUGGCGGAGGCCAUGGUGUGUGGCACUUUGAUCAAACGCUCCAAGCUUGACGCCGUAGCAGCAUGACUGAAUUAGUUGAUAAUUCUUCCAUCUGCAUUAGAUGGAUUACAGAGGCUGAACCGAGGAGGGUAGUAUGAACCUAAAGCUUUCUUUUAAACGUAAUCCUUUCGUGUUUUUUUCCCCAAUUUGGUUCGGAUUUAAUAGCAUGCAUUUUUGCGCGUACUCUAUCUUAUUGUUCGACAAUGGAUGCUUAUUAUUAUGGGCGUAAACUGAUUGAAUCAAGCCCAAUUUUUUAAAUUUGUGUGAACUUUUAUCGAGUUUUGAAGUUGUUUUUGAGCUUAGUUUGAUAGCCAAUCUAAUUCGAGCCAAACACAAAUUGAGCUUUAAGGAUGUUGAUUUUUUUUUUAUACAUGUUUUAUUAUUUU